GUUGACAUCAUAAAGGUCAAGCUCAGCUUGAUACAAUGCUUCUUUUUUGAAAAAUUAAAUUUAACUUUACCGAAAGCAAUAAUCGAAAUUCUCUGUUGUUAUAACAUAAACCGACAUAAAAAUCUACUACAUCUGGAUCAUUAUAGAAUUUCGAAAUAAAUUUCACUGUCGAAUUUUUGUGAUUGUUUGUGAACAAAAGUAAAACUUUUUUGUUAGCCUAUGUUUAUGACACGCCGAGAUGCAAGAAAACAACAAUUUUGAAACUAUCAUUAGCACAUGGCGUCGUUUGUCUGGGGAACAAAUAGAAACUGCUGUAGUAAGUAUGUCUGGAGAUUCACCUGAUUACCAACCGCACAAGAAAAAAGAAGAGGAGACUGAUUUGUUGAUGCCAGAGAGGACAAAAGCACCCAUUGCAAGCAUAGCUACUGCUGGUACAGCAUUAGCCACUACAGAUGUGACAUCAGACAGUACAGUUACUGGAAAUGCUGAGGAGAAACAAGAGUUUAUUAGACAUGACAAAAAAGAUGAUAGCAAAGAAGCAGCAGGAGAUACAAAUGUUAAUGAUGCUAAAAGUGACAAGAGUGAUGAAUACCUUGACAAUGACAAGGUGAUAAACAAAUCGGAAAAGAUUGAUAAGGAUACUGAGAAGUUUGUAGACAAGGUAGAUAGUGUAUAUCUAAGACCACCCCCACCGCACAAGGCCCGCUCAGCUGCAUCCACAGUUGAAGAAGAAGAUUGUGGCAUCAAGUGCCUCUACUACACAAUCCAGUGUUGUGACUGUGUACUCAUGUAAGGUAGACCUAUAUAACAUUCUCAGUAUGCUCAUCUAGUUAUAAAAUAUUAUCUCUAUGCAUAUUCCAUGAUCUUAUAUUUUUACUCAUAGUCAUACACGAAGAAAACCUUGAAUUUUUGCUCACCUAUGGUGUUGUGUCAAUAAACUUUACAUUCUUAUUAAAAUGAUAUAUUUUUAUAACAAAAACUAUUAUAUGCUCAUGCAUAAAUUGCUUUAUUUUGACUCUUAAAGUCAUAACAUUUUGGGUUUUACAAUUUAUUUAACUUUUAUACUAAUAUGACAAAAUUUGAGGUAACAUUAUAUUGUUGAGUCUGUCAUAGACUUAACACGCCAUUAUAUCAACUAUUUUUGUAAUGUGCAAAAUAUUGCAUUCCACUAUGUUCCAAGUAUGUGAUAAGAAAUAUAUUUUUGUAUGAUUAAUAUACAAUAAUUGUAAUAAUAUUAUUUAGGUACCUACGAAUGAGAGUGAUACUUUUAGUGAUAUGAAAAAGCCUUGUCUUCUCUAUUACAUAGUAGCACAAAGACUGUAUUUUGAAUCACUCUACAUUGUUUUUGACUAACUUAUUAUUAAAAGAAUAUUUUGAGAAACAAAACACAUUUUAAAUAUAUAAAAUUUUAAGAUAAAAUUCCAGUCAUAAUUUUCAAUGAAGUGAAUAGAAAAUGUUUUAUUUUUUUAAAUUGCCCAAUGUUUGUAACUAAUUAUUGCUGGGCCCAGUUCUCUUGAUCUUUUAUUUAAAAAUUAUAAUCUGUAUUAGCUAGCAGCAGCUAUUUUAUAAUUCUGUAGUUUUAUUAUCAUUAAGUUGUAGUGUUAGUAACUUUUUAUAAUGAAUAAAAAGCCUUGUGCCAAUGUCCUUCCAUAUCAAUAUAAGUCUCCAAACAAGGGAGUAUUGAUACAUUUAUUAAAUAUAGUCUUGUAUUAAGAUUUCUGUCUAUUUUAAUAUCUUGUGUAUGGUAUUAUUACUAGGUGUAUCCAGUUUCGUACUGUACUUUAGAAUUAGUAUUUGCUGUAGUGGUACUUCUUAUCUUCCUUUUCUGGUCAAACAAUACCAGUUAGCCACGCCACUAUUAUAAGUCCUUUCUUAUUAUGAAUUUACCAAGAGUAAUGAAAAUCUUUAUAGCUAUAUUUUUGAUGUUAUAUUUUGCCAACUGUUGCUAAAAUUAAGGCAUUCAGCCACUUUCUGUAGGAGACUAUACUUGGUAUAAUAAAUAGACUGUAGAUUUAUAAAACAUGUAUUUAUAAAAAGUGUACACGUUUGUACUACAAAUAAAAAAAUAUCCUUGAAACAGUUGUAUUAUUUUAAGACACUGAUUAAACAGGGGAUUGGGUGGUAAGUGAAACACAAACAUUAAUAAAUUGUACAUUUAUUACAACCAAUAUGUAGUAGCACAACUUUAAAGAUUCCAGUAAACUGACAUUGAAAUAUGUAUGUAGAUAUAAAUGCAAAAUUCAUUAUUUAAUGUGUAUGAAUACCCAGCCUCAAAUACUCCUAUUAUUGCUUAAUUUUAAUAAUACACGAAAUACUACUAUUUUCCUUUUAAAUGAAUUAAUAAACGCUUAAAAGGGCACAAUAUGCAUGACAUAAAAUGUGAUAUCCACAAAUAUGGGUAAAUAAAUUAUUUAUCAUUGAAUAAUGACAUAGCCAUUAUUUCUCCUUGACUUACUAGCAUUCAUCACAUUCGGGAACAAUAUUUUUAGCUAAACAUAUAAUUUAGUGAUGAUCCAAAAUGUUGGUAACUAAUUACUAAUUUAAAAUGGUAACUGAAUAAAUUUAAAAUGAAUGUAUUACAAAAUAAAAUUGUUAUAACAAUUUAGAGUACAUACUUUGAAACAACACACAUUCAGUAUCAAAUAUGCUAAUACCAUACCUCUUAUUUGGUUAAUUGGAUAUUUCAAUGUAAUCAAAUUAAUUACAAAUUGAAGAUACCUAUUUUCAAUAGGUCUGGUCAGUUAAAACAGCUGAUGUAUAAGUGGCAUGAAAGUUUAUGCAUUGGCAUUAUUGAAAGGUAUCCUACAUUCUAUAAUCUAUUCGCACUUGUAAAGACAGUCACCUACAAAUGUCCAUUAUGUGCUAAAGAUUAACAUUGUCUUGAUUAGAAUAAUGAUAAAAAUAUCUUAUGCCCCUUAAUUUUAAGGAUAACGUAUGUGUUUUCUAGCGCAAAUCCUAGUGUAGGUACAUUUGGAUUGAACUGUACUUCUUUCGGAACAGUCUUUCAGUUUGUGAGAUAUUUUAAAUGCCAACUAGCGUCUAUUACAAAUCAUCAUCAUCAUCCUGUCAAAUUCUCAGACAAGUAUAAAACACAUUAUGCAAAAUAUGUAUUUAAAAUACAUAACUUGCAUUGUAUUGCAGUUUUAGUUACCAUUACAAUGUACAAUUAAAUUUAAUUAAAAUGAAUUAUGUAGCAUAUCACUAAAACAACAUGAAACAUUUAACAAUGUAAUUUUAUAAUAUAAUUGAUUACUACUUAAAUUAAAACAAAGUGAAAGCUAAGGACGUAAACUGAUAAUUGCAUUAUACAUAUUAUGUAUCAAAAAUCGUAACAAGGAAGAACAACAUACCUUAUAUUAAUUUAUGCUAAACCCCGGUAAAGUAUACAACGUUUAUUAAGUACUUAAAUCUAUAGUGGCUUCCUUUAUAAUUACGUAAAUUGUGCGUUAGUGCAUUUAAUUUAUCGUGAUGUUUGCGUAGUUCUUAGGCCUUAACUUACCCAUUAUAACUGGGCAUUAUAAUGCAUGACUUAUUGCAUAGUGAGGUCGUUUCAUAAUUCAACUAACUAGCUCACCUACGAGUAUAUGCUAACCUUGGUAAAACUGCCAUUUUGUCUUGAACUUUGACCCAACAGUAAAUUACGCGCUGUCUUGUCGCCAAAUAACAUUCCUGCCUUGCUGUAUAAGUAUAAUACAUAACAACAUAUUAGCUAUGCAUUUACCUAAUGUAUAAUUUGGCAAAUAACGUGAAAAAUGACCUAUCACAAAAUGUGCGUUCGAUUAAUUAGAUUUUGUUUAACAAAUCGAGUCUAUACGAAUAUGUUUUAAACUUGAAACAUUGUAUAUGUAGUUUCGUUAUUAAACAUUGUUAGCAAAUGCAUCCAUUAUGGUAUUUUGAGGCACAUAUUACGGAAUUAAUGCUGCGAAUAACAAUCAGCAUGACAAUAUAUCAUCAAAAUUGUUAAAACUUGAAUAUUUUUCACAAUUACUUAUUUUGUAAUUUCUUGACGACAGUCGACUUGUUUAUUGGUAAAAAUUUAUUAUACUACUAAAACACUUUUGUUAACAUAUCCACACAAAUUUGGCUAAGAGUAUCAGAUGGAACAGGUCUUUUAAUAUUCGAUUAAAAGACGAAGAAAAAGGUCGAUGUUAGAAAAUGCACAUCAAGAGUUUGGUUCUCUGGGAAUGGGUUUUACAUAUGUGGUAAUCAAUUAAUGACAAGCCUAAAAGCAGUAAAAAUGCUACAAGUCCUAAGGAGUCAGAUUAGUUUUUGGGACAACAAUAUCGAGUGCUGAAUUCGCCAAAAGUAUCGAUAAAUAACCCUAAAUAUCAGCACUCAAUGCCUAAGAAAAUACCUACUUAGAUUAAAUUUAUACACCUAACGCACGUCGCUCUAACUUUCAUCUUUACGUUCCCUAUACACACACAAGUAAGGUAAGUAUAGACAUAAUAUUAUAGAUAUUGAACAUAACAAAUAAUUAAAAAUAUGAUAAUGACUUGAUUCAAAUAUAUCCUACAUUAAAUAAAAAUAAUGAUACUUUACAUCUUGAAGUUUCAGUAACUACGACCCCGAACCAAACUAUAGUAUAAAUAAUUGGAAUAACAACACUUGGGACCGUAUAAGCCGUGAAGCUUGAGAUUCAUUUCAAUUUACUAGCCAUAAAAGCAUGUUCAGUUAUAGACAAUAGAACAAAAACAAUUAAAUUAUAACAAUAUUGACUACAGUAAAAAUAAUUUAAAUAUGACUAAACUUAGUUCACACCGGCUGGCUGGCUUACAAUUAUUAUGCAACCAUUACACUGCAAUUUUGCCCUAAAUUUCAUUUUAUAUAAGGGCGAUUUUCUUUUGUAAUGCAACCCGUCGAUUAUGGCAAAUAUUUUACCACCAGCCUGCAUAAAAAUUCAAUGAUACAGCCAAAUAAAUAUUCUUUGAUUGAAAUUAACUUAGUAAAUAAUCUGUGAUAAUAUCAUAGUCACUACAAAAUUUGGUCCCGUCAAAAUAUAGUCUACCAAAAAGUAAAUUAGUUAUAAAUUAACCAGAAAAUAUAAUGAUUGGUUGCUAAGAAAGGUGAGUAAUACAAGAACUUCCUUGCAUGUACAAAACAUUAAUUAUAAAUUCGUUACAAGUUAAGUACUAAGUAAAAUACAUAAUCAUUAUUAGGAAUAUUGUGUUUCGAUCUACUAUUUUUACUAUUUAUCGUGUAUUAGAGAAAAUUAUAAUUCUAUGAAUAAACACACUGUAUGCAUACGUCAUUUACCUACAGAGACGAGAAAAUAAAUGCUAUUAAAUAUCUUCGAAAAAUUGUAGCAUGAAUAAAAAUUUAUGUUUCUAGACAGUAGAUAAUAAUAUUAUAUGCUAUACAAUUAAUACAGAAAACGGUUUUAUAGUAAUAUAAUGAGUACUCAAUUCAUAGAUACUGUUCAGCACAACAUUAACUACAAGUAGUAGUAUUAUAUUAUUAAGUAUUGUAUAAAUAUGGCGUAACACAAUAAUUAUAAUACCUACAGUUUCAUACUGAACUUUGGGAGUAAACACACACCUAUAAUGACACAAUUAGAUAUUUAAGAAAUUGCACUACUAUUGCUAUUUUCCAAGAGGGAUUCCAUUGAGCGCACAGUGGCUACAGGAAUUCUUACCUUGGAAAAGAUUCGCGAAAACGCGCAUUUCUUAUUCGACUCUAUGCUGUUUCGCAAAGGAGUCUCGACGCAAACAUGCAGUCAUGACGUCAUAACCAUGUUGCGAUUUAAAUGUACCAAUAAACCGGCUCCUAGUUUUUGUGUAUAGGCAGUGGAUGAGCUUCGGAGUUAAUGACGUACUUGUUCAGGUCAAUUGUGAACCUAUCAUCGCUGAACAACAAGUACAGGUAUUUCAGAGUCUCCGACAAGAAGAAUGAUUCCAUCAUGUCACGCUGAACUGGUUUCUCAACCUUGACGUUCGCGAGCGAUGUGUAACCGUUUGGCACUCGUGCGUACUUCUCAAAUC